CCACCACACCAGAAAAGCCUCUCCUCGCCCUACCAUAGCCAUCAUCAUACCAUGGAACUGUAAAAAGCUCGCCCAAAUGCGCUCAAAAGGCCUCCUCCCUCCUCUCAUUUCGCUCCGUUCCCCGGUCCCCCCACGCAGAGCUAACGAAGUCCACCACAAUAUAUUGCAGAGCACCAAGCAAAAGGGGAGCUCGGAUGAUCAUCAUACCAGAACCUCCCACGGGACACAAGGCAACCUGCUAGAAGCGUGAGCUCCAGUUUGCAUUUCCUUUCGUUCCCUGUUCUUGGGAUUCUAGUGUGUUUGCAAGGCAAAGGAGCAUUUCAGAAGUAGGGAAGAAAAGAUAGCUUUAAGGUUCAGUUUGCUGCUCCUCUUCUUCUGCCAUUGUUCAGUGUAGGCAAAAGGGAUCUUGUAUUUGUUGAUCCUCCUCCAGUUAGGAACCCCUCUGGAGGUUACUUUUGUGGGAUUGUUAUUGAGUUGUUCCUUCUGGGGGGGUGGUCGAAUUGACCAGCACAAAUGCUAGCGUCUGGGAGAAGAAGACUGCUCUUUCUGUGCGCAAGCUUUGUGAUUCUUUCGCUUCUUGCGCCAUCCAACGGCGCGUCGAACUCCAUGGAGAACAUCAAUCAAAGCCACAACAAGGCCGUGCACCCCUCGGAGAUGACACCCAAAGUAUCAUUUCAGCUCAAGCUACACGCAUUGUUCCACUGGUCUUCUUUUGGUUUCUUGAUGCCGGUAGGGAUAAUACUAGUCAGAAUGUCAACCAAAUCUCAAAACGGCCGAUGCGUCAGAUUCCUCUUCUGUUGCCAUGUCAUUUCGCAGAUCGCGGCUGUCCUUCUCGCUACAGGCGGUGCAGUACUGUCGUUAAUGAACUUCGAAAACUCCUUCAGUAACAAUCACCAAAGAGUAGGACUGGCACUAUAUGCAUUCAUGUGGCUUCAGCCAAUUAUCGGGUUUUUCAGACCAGAAAGAGGUGUUAAGUUACGGAGUCGGUGGUACUUCUUCCAUUGGAUCCUCGGAAUCGCAAUCUGCGCUACAGGCAUCACAAACGUCUACAUUGGCCUGCGCAUCUACCAUGACAGAACCACGAAGAGUGUGAGGCUUUGGACCGGCCUCCUCACCGUUGAGGUGUCCUUCCUGGCUUUCUUCUACCUCAUGAUAGACAGAUGGAGCUACAUGAUGAAGCAAGGACAUCUCCCCGUUCAGCAGCUAAGGACUACCGAUAAUCACAGAACCUAUCCGACUACCCUUCGGAAGGAGCUGGCUAUGGUGCAAAGUGAAAUGUCCAAACAAAAAGACAAUGUAGGAAGGCUGGCCCUGUAAAGUUUGCUGAAGAAUAUGGCAAUGCUGCUAUGGGUUGUUAACUUGUUUGGUUUGAGAGGUGUGCCUUUUAUAGAACAUGUGAGAGAUCUUCCGGAAUAUUGUACAGUUUUUACACUUGAAUUGAAAUUGAAGAGGAUUGGAGCCUCUGGUGUUGUA